AAGGGUAGAGUUGGAUGUCUCGAGACCACUUUUACGUGGUCUUGGUCUCGUCUUGGUCUCGACGGACUUUGGUCUCAGUCUUGUCUUGAUCUCGCUGUCUCAGAUCAACAUAGUGGUCGGGAGAUUUGGAGUCAACAGUAUCCAUGACACAAAACGUAAUGUUCAAUAAUGUAUCAUGCGCAAAAGCUUUAGCUCUAAGAGCCGUGCUUAGAUAGUGCAUUGUAGUGAAUCAGAAUGGUCAACUCCCAUUGAGCGAGAGCCGGCUCCUCACUUAAUUUCCUUUCGCUGCUCAGCUCUCACACAGCAACACACAGUGGCUCAGCUAUGCUCAAAUCCAUCCACAUUGUGGCAUAUUAUUAUUUCGCCUUUCGCACCCUUCAAACACAACUAAAUGCAACCCCUUAGAUUGAGCAGUAUGCCUGGUCAGUAAGUUACAGAAAUGUCAGCGACUUCGUCUGUCAUAAAGUUUGCGUUCAUAGAACAAAAAGAGUUUUUGGUAAAUGCAAAAAAGAAGUAUUCGGCAAAGUGCAGAUUUUGCAAAGUCUCCUUGACCAAGACAGCCGGGCCUACCUCAACCUUCACCAGGCACCUGGAGCGCAAACACCCUCAAAGGUACUUGGAGUACAAAGCAGGAUCUGCAACAUCAGUGAUAGCGGUCAAUCCCACACAGCCUCAAUUAUCAUUGUUUGCUCCAAGCACCCACUUAUUUUCCCCAAAUCCACCCAGGCAACAGGCCAUCACCCAGUCCAUCCUCCAGGACCUUAUAGUUGGAUGCUCUCUCCCCCUGUCUAUCGUUGAGAAUCCACAUUUUAGACACUUCCUGAAUGUCUUGGAUAGCAAAUACACUCCUGUGUCUAGGACCACCUUGACAGAGAAGCUGAUAUCUCACCUUGUCACUAAAGUGAAGGGUGACGAAAUCAAAGCCCUGGAAGUCCAGCCAAAUGUAGCAAUAACAACAGACCUCUGGUCUGACCGGAGGCUUCGUACUUUCCUGGGAGUUACCGCUCAUAUUGCCUGCAAGAACAAGGACUCUUACAGUUUACAAUCAUUUUUGCUUGACUGUAGGCGUUUCACAGGGAAGCACUGCGGCGAACGAAUCGCCUCAGCAUUUGACAGCAUAGUUGAGUAGUAUGGCAUUGGCCAUAAAAUAAGCUACAUUCUGACGGAUAAUGCAUCCAAUAUGAAGCGGGCCUUUAAAGUCAGGAUGCCAGAAGUAGAGCACCCUGAAGGUGACAGCAGUGAUGACCUCGAUGAUGAAACAAUGUGGGAGGAUGCAGAAGAUUCUGAUCCAUGGUCAACGGGUGAACGUCUUUCUUGUUUCGCCCACUCGCUGCAACUCGUAAUCAGUGAUGGGAUGAAAGAGGUAAAGGCAAUAGCUAGAGCCAUUGCCAAAGCCAGCAAGUUUACAAACCUGCUGCACAGCAGUAGUAACCACAAAGACUUGUUUGAGGCACACUUUGGCUCCAAUAAGUCCAUCCCAGCAGGAAACAACACCCGCUGGAAUAGCACCUACAGACAGUUAAAGGCUCUGAUCACACUUGACCACAGGGCCAUCACUGAAAUGUGCAGCGAUACAGAGAAUUUAGUGUUUUCAGACCGAGAGUGGGCUCAGCUGAAAGACCUUUGUGCUUUGCUUGAGCCUUUUUCUGAGGCAACAGACCUUACAGAAGGUGAUCAUCAGGUGACUAUUAGCAUGGUGGUCCCCACUGUUCUGGACUUGAAGAAUCAUCUUAUAAAGAUGGAAGUAGAAAUGCCCCAGGUCGUAACUAUAGUCAGGGCACUGAAAAGAUCCUUAGAGAAACGGUUCUCUGGAAUUUUCAGGCAGAUUUGCAUGGACGAAAAGGAUCCAGAAGAGCCGUUUAGCCAUCGGAUCUACUUCCUUGCCACCAUGCUCGACCCCCAGUUUGGACUGACCUGGGUAGAUUUAGAUGUCCAAAAUGGUGAAACCGGACCAGCACUGAAGAGGUUCAGAGAUGACCUUAAAAAGUCAUUAAUAGACCUUUUGAUCACAGAGGUAGACAGAGAUGCACCUGCAGCACAAACAGAAGAAGACACAGAAUUAUCGGAUAGUGACUCAGCGCCACCCCCAAAACGUCUUCUUUCAUGCUACAAGGCAUUUAGGUUGCAACACAGCACAAGCCAGGACUCGAGCACUGAUGCACAAAUAAGCAAGUACCUAGACAGCAUAAAUGACUGUGACUGUGAUGCACUCACCUUUUGGUCAAAAAACAAAGAGCGUUUCCCCACUCUACACAGUGUUGCCUUGAAGGUCCUCUCUGUCCCUGCCUCUUCUGCCCCAGUUGAGAGGGUUUUUAGUAGAGGAGGCAUUCUAAUGAGACCCCACCGCGCAUGGCUAGGCUAUAAGAUGUUGCAAUCUUUAGUUUUCUUGAAGUGCAAUCAAUCACUGUUUUAAAAUGUGAACUGUUUUC